ACUUAGAUCGGCAGUUUCUAAAAUCUUUCAAAUUAUUCAAGAUGAAGUUCCUUUCUGUGGUAGCGUUUAUUGCCCUGGCCAUCCAGUUGGCAUCUUCUGCAACUGGUGAUACUACAGAUGCUACGACGACGACAACCACGGCGGCAACAACUACUACGACUGCAUCAACCACCACGACCACAGCAUCUUCCACCGACAAAAAGCGCUGCUGGAAGGGCAACAACUGGUGCCACACCCGCAUCCCCGAGCGGAAGUGCCAGAACCCGAAAAGGUGCCAUAAAACUGUCGUAAUAGUAACCCACAGGAAGAACUAA